AUGGCGCCCGAUCUGAGCGCCCAGGACGCGUUCUGCAUGACGGAGACUUGGUUAUCAGCCGACGUCGCCGACUCCGAACUGCAGCUGGGCUGGGACCAACACACCUGGAUACGACGGGACCGCCCUACACACGGCGGAGGCGUCGCUUGUGCAGUCAAAACCCAGCUGCACCCGACCCGGCGACGCGACCUGGAGCCUGACACCGCAGAAGUACUGGUGGUACAGCUCGCUCCGGUGGCGGCUCCGGCCGCCACCGCCGCCCCAACAGCGCCCACCACUGCAGGCUCUCCAGUGUCGGCCGGAGCCACGGCGCCGGCUCGUCCUUCGCCAUCGGCGACUGCUGCUGCUGAGUCGCCGCCAUUGCCGCCACCCGAGCUGCAGGUGUUGGACGCCGCCAACUCAUACUCGAAGCCGGGGCGGACCCGUGAGGACAAGGGUCGCGAGCUCCAUGUUAUCAGGAGGUCACAGGAGAGAGAGCCGGCCGGCGCCGUGGAACAGGUGCACCUUUCCGAGUUUUGCGUCCAGGAAGAUCAGUCGCUCCGUCCCGUCGACCUGGUCGGCGACUCUACGUAUCGGCUGGUGGGCGUCAUCAGCCACUACGGCGGCACCGCGCACUCGGGACACUAUGUGUCUGACGUGUACAGUGUAGGACGGGACAUGUGGUUCCAUUACGACGACCAGCGAGUCAGCUGCGUGGACGAGGCGUACGUCCUGAAUGAAGGUCACCAACGGGACGGUUAUACCUUCUUUUACCUCCACAAGGAGCUCUGCAGCCAGAUAAGGAGGUGCAGGAGACUGAGGGGCGACGACAUCCGGAGCAGCAACCGCAGUCACCAUCGGACUCGUCAGGUACCGAGGAGUUCGAAGUGCUGCACACGCACAAGGUUCGACGAGAGGAAGUACCCAGAGCUCUUUUCGGAGGGGCUUGGGGAGGUCGCAGGAGCACAGGCGCAGGUGGAACUGGAAACCGGGGCGCAGCCACGGUUUUUCAAGAGCCGACCUGUUCCGUUCGCUCUGCGGGACAAGGUGAACAAGGAACUGGAACGCCAGAUCAAAGAAGGUGAUUCCGUGCUGCUGCGAGACCUGCGACCCGGCUCGGCGACUAAGUGGCGCAGAGCUACUGUUACUGGACGGGUCGGACCUCUGGUGUACGAGGUCUGCAUCGACGGCCGGACCCGGACCGCUCACCUGGACCACCUGCUGGCGGACCGGACCGUGGGUCGGACCGUUGCGGAUACGGUUCCGCGGACCGUGCCGGACCGCCCGGUGCCGGCCGCUGUUCCGGGACCCGAGCCGGCCCGAACCGACUAUAGAUCGGGGGAGUAUCUGGCGUACGACCGGUGCGCGUCUGCCGGUGGUGCAUCGGUGCCGCUGCCGAGUGAGAUCGAGACGCCCGGGGAGGCUCAUCGGCGUCGGGAGAGUGGGGACUCCCACAGGGAGCGGUCCCAGCGCUCUUCAGAGGACUCUGGAUUGUGGGGUGCGGGUGAGGCUCGUGUGCGACCGGGGAAUGAGUGUCAGAGUGAACCAGUGUUAAGACGUUCCGAGCGCUUGAGGAACAAGUUUUCGUGAAGGGGGGAAAAGUGAUAUGUACUGGUAUUUGCAUCUCGAGGUGGUGGUGAGUUUGCAUCUCUGACACAGGCUCGUCGGCUGACGCCGGUCAUGUGGUCAGCUGGCCCCGGGCUACGCCGGGCUGGCCGG